CAGGCAUGCCUUUGGACUUGGCCUCGGUAUCGGCGCAACUGGAGCUGAAUGACAUCCCAGAGAGUGCACAUGAGCCUGGUCCUGGGCACUACUUUGGUCCGGAUAGCCAGGGCUUCAAUGCGAUGGGGAAGCAGCUGUUCAGCAAGUGCCGCUCAGCUCCAGAGGUGAGCUUGCCGCGGACAGGUUGGGAGAACUGGCAAAAGGUCACUGUCUCCAAAGCUUCUGCAUCCACCAACUUGGGGCGCGAGUCGCCGAGCUGUGCCUACCAUGUUCCAUCCACCAUGGACAUUCAGGCUCGCAUCGAUGAUGGAAGUUUCCAAGGAUUUGGAAGUUCCAACAGGCCAGACCUCUCCCUGUCCUUGGGAGUGGAUCCUCAUGGUUCCCCAGGACCAACGUACAACGUCAGGGAGUGCCCAGCGAUGCAGGUUGGAACAGGCCCCAUUGCCAAGUCUCGGGAGAACAAAUCUUUUGGCUGCGCGGAGCGGUUCCGUGAACAGAGGGGCGGGAGCAUUGGUCCUGGUCAGUAUCGCCGAAAGGACUUCUCGCUGCGGUUUGACAACGGCCGGUCCAUUGGAACUGGAAGACAAGCCUGGGAAAAGGUGGUGACGCCUGGUUGGGAAUGCGAAGGUCGAUGUAGAGCCAGCCCCGGAGUAGGGCCUCCGCUGUGGAGCGAAGUUGUCCGAGGGGGUGUCUCUAUGGGCUGUGCCCAGCGUUUCCCAAAAGCAGCUGACACGAGCUGCAGCCCUGGACCCAUCUACAACUUGCAGGCAGGUCCCCGCGUGGCACCACGACGACCCAUGAAGAAGGAGAUCAAGGAGACCAAGGAGAAGGAGAUCAAGGAGACGGCGGUCACCCGGUGA